UAAGCAUACACUUCUCUUCCUUCUGCUUCGUCCUCUAUUUCCUCCUGAUUUUGUGACUCUGCCAAGGAUAGUCUUGCCCAGUUCCGUCACUACACUCAAGAGAGCUGACCUUUCCAGUAAGCAAAUAAUUUGUAUUCUACUUGCCCAGAAACCCACUGGGCUUGACCAAAUUGUGCCUAUACAUUCAGACCCAGCUAAGCCCUAUGUAAUGAAGCCAACUUUCAAAUAAGCAAGGAUGGCUCGUAGAAGAUGUUUCAUUCCUAUUCAGUUUUCAGUCCUGGUUGUUGGUCUACAUUUACCGAAUAAUUGGAAUUUCAGGAUCAGAAGAGAUUCAAGGGGGGCAGCUGGGUAGCUCAGUGGAUGGAGAGCCAAGCCUAGAGACGGGAGGUCCUAGGUUCAAAUCUGGCCUCAGACACUUCCCAGCUGUGUGACCCUGGGCAAGUCACUUGACCCCCAUUGCCUAGCCCUUACCACUCUUCUGCCUUGAAGCCAAUACAUAGUAUUGAUUCCAAGAUGGAAGGUAAGGGUUUUAAAAAAAAAAAGUAGAGCUUCAAGAGGCUCUCUGCUUGGGUCUAGUCAGGCACUCAAUCAAUGAGCAUUUAUUACUAGGUAUCAGACACUGUGUCAAGCUUUGGGGGUUAUGAAGGCAACUACACAGUCCCUGUCCUCAAAGAGCUCACAUUUAAAUGAGGGAGACAAGUUACAUGCUAGAAGGUAAUCUAGAAGAGAAAUGGUGGAGCAGGAAACUUAAUCAAUUAACCUGAUUCCAAAUUUCUGAACUCCCAAUUCAUCCCUUCCUCUUUCCACCCCACUCUGCUGUCUCCCCCAGAAAAAUGCAAACUCUCUAUCACAUCAAGCCGAGCAAAAAUUAACAAUGGGUGGGCCAGAGUCUCAGUGCACCUGUCACAUCCGAGAGUCACCGGUAAUAAAGUGGACAAAAAAAAAACACUUGUUCAACCAUCAAAAGCGCUCAACCAUCAAGUGAUGAAAAUUACUGGUACAGCGACCAUUCACAUAGGAUGAUAGCAAGAUCUCUGGUGUCCAUGGCAACUGACAAAUCAACUCCAGCACACACAUACCAAGGCAUUUGGCUCUCUCAGAGUAAUUCAUUCUGUUGCCAAAUAGAAAUUUGUGAGUUACUCACGAUGUUGCUCUUUGAACCAAAAGCGUUUCCUACUAGAGUCCAGAACCAAGAGUAGAUUAAUAGCCAAAGGCUUUUCACAUCACCGAAUGUCAAACCUAAAAAAGACAUUAGCUCCAUUUUCCAGAUGAGAACACCGAAGGGUCACACAGCUAGUCCAUAUGUAAUUUGAAUGGACAUUUACCUAUUAUGACCAGUUAGAGUUUGCCUAUAUAUCCAAUAGAUUGCUUCUCUUUGGUGCUCACUUCUCUCUGCUGAUUCUCUUAUCCUAUGGAUCAGAUAUGAGGGGGGGGGGGACUUGGAACUGCCUACUAGCCCAGGUGAUGCUCAGAAUUAGAGUUGAAAGGAGAAAAUAAGGUCCUUUGAUAGAGUGGUAGAGUCCCUGAUAAGAGACUUCAAACAAAGGUCCAAAACAGACUUAGGAGGCUCCCCCAUUCCAAGGAGAAUCCCCAAGACUGCAUAGAAGGGCUCUGGAUGAUAUAAAAACACUCAGCCCCUCCCUUCUGUACCACAGAGGACUUCUAGGUCCUGUCUAAUUCCUUGGAGCAGUGCCCUGUGGUACAGGGAGAAAGCACAUCCCUCUUUCUUUAAAUAACCAAAGGAAUCAGUGAGAUGUCACAUUCCUUUCUUGGCUCUGAUUCAUAGGCCAUUGCUUCUCAAAUCUGAAAAAGAGGGCAGAGCUGGGGGAUAUUAAGAAGUCAGAGUCUUCCUCUCCAAGAAACAGGAAGAAUCUAGAAGGACUCAGACAUUCUUGAUCUUGGUUGCCUCUGAACCCCUUUUUGUAGCCCCAGAAUACUGGAUGGUGGCAUCCAGAGGAGAAGGGAGAAGGUGGAGAUGUAUAUGAGGUAGAGAGGACCAGAGCAGAUUCCUCCUCAUCCUUGGCUCAGAAUGUGGAUGAGGGGUGAGAUAGAGGAAAAAGAAAGAAGUCUGGGGUACUAUUUGAUAGGGCACUAGAGCAGAUAUUUAAUUAGAGGGCUCUUUCAGAAGGUGGGCAGAGUGCUUGCCCCUGUGCAAGAAUAACACACAAAUUCAUGAAGCAUUCCACUGAAACAUGUUUUUUAAAGGUGAGCAGAAUGCGGAUUUUUCAGAUGGGUUUGUGGGGAAGGGUAGCUAGGUGGCUCGGUGCAUUGAGAGCCAGACUUAGAGUAUCUAGGGUUCUAGAUUCUUGGAGGUUCUGGGGGUUCAAAUCAGAACUCAGACAUUUCUUAUCUGUGUGAUCCUGAGCAAGGCACUUAAUUCCCUUUACCCAGCCCUUACCACUCUUCUGCCAUAGAACCAAUAUACAAUAUUCAUUCCAAGAGAAGGUAAGGGUUAGAAAAAGAAAAAAAAAGAUGGGCUUGGGAACUGGAUUUUACCAAGGCUGAUGAUAAAAUUAGGUUGUCUGUUUAAUCAGUGUGGUUGUAACUAGGCACAGUGACUUUAAGAAACAAAACAAUCAAAGCUCCCUGUACCCAUUCUUUCUCCAAGGGCUGAAAGUGAUCAGUGACUCUUCCACAGUAGAUGGAGGCAAAAGGUGAGCCCCUAUUCUCUCCAUAUCCCUGAGAGUGUCCCCAGCCCCUUCCUGGAGGAAGGGGUUAAGAAGGCUGGGCUAAUGAUCACAGAGACAGAGCUACACUGUUUAUUCAGGAAAACAGGUCAGACUUGGCAGCAGCAGCCCCUGCUGGCUCCUCCCAGAGAGACGGAGCUAGGGGAAUGAAUAAGAGAAAGAAGUUGUACCUUCUCCCCUUUCCCCAACCCUCCAGAGCCCCUGGACAAGACAGCAAGCAACAGGUGAGUCUAGUAACUCCAGGGCACACUCCAGAGAUCCUCAACUUCCUGGGAAAAACUGAAAAAAGCCGUCAGUAGCCAAUGGGGAAAGCCAGUGAAGAACGGCUAGACCUGGGGCAGGUAUGGGGUACCUGGGGCUAAGAGUGAAAAAGCCCUAGAGAUGGGGAAGGAGAUCAGCCUUAGGAAAGAGAUGAUGGAGCCCUGGGACAUGGGGCUGAGGGGUUAUUCAGCAAAGCUGAAAGAGGACCAGAACCUCCCUAAGUAACUAUAUCUGGGGGAUGGGGGAAAAAUUAAUGAAUGCUUCCUUUGUGCUUGGCUUCAAUAACAGGUUCCCACUGACUGGUGGGACAGGAAGUGAGAAAGGGAGGGAAUGGGGAAGAAGGACAGACGCUGCCCUUGGAUCUACACACUCCCUAGGCUCCAGAUGCAUCAGGACUUUGUGGGAGGAUUUGGAAUAAGGGAAGGAGCCCUAUUCCCCAGGGAGCCUCUCCUCUCCUCUCCUACCACCUUCAAAUCGCCUUAGAUCAUUAAAGGAGUUCAGAAGACAAGUCUGGCCAGGAGAAGGUUCAACCGAACAGAUCUGUGGACCUGGACAGCUGCAGGUGUGGCAGAGGUUUCGACUGAGGACGAGGAUUGAUACUGAUUCUGCCCUGGGAAGAGGGGGACAAUGAUGGGACUGAAGGAUGAUCUGAAGGAUGAUCAGACCAAGACAAGAAGACUCUGAGUAGGAGUGGGUGUGGAAGAGACACAGGGAAAGGGUAGGUAUGCCAGAUUAUAUCUAGACCUUGGAUAUUUAUGGGGUCCAAGUGGGGAGUUAUGUCUGGCCCUAAUCUGGUCUUCAUCUCAUUAUCCUCAUGAUAUUAAUUCAUCUCAAAUUAUAUCACUCAAGGAAUGUACAUGUGUACAUUUGGCCCUUUUGCCCAGUUUUUAUAGAUUUAGAACUGGAAGAUCCUUUAGAUGCCACUGGGUCCAAUUUCACAGAAGAGGAAACUGAGGUAGAGAAAAGCCAGCACCUUCGGCCAGCAACUGUGGAUCUGGACUCUCAUCUGCUUCCUCCCAUACUCCCCCAAGUCUGUGCCUUCCUCCUCUCCCUCAUGUGGCUCUUAGAGAAAGCUGGCUACAAGGGAGGGAGCGAAGAGCCUGGGACACCCUGGAGGCCCCACAUCUUAUUCUCCAAGAGAAAGCCCCCUAGGACUUCCCCUUCUGCUUGCCCUAACGUCUUGACCCCAGACCGAAUACCUCAAUUUUUUAUCCCCCCCAGGCUCCCAGGCAUGGGGUGCCCUGAGCCUGGGACGGAGAGAGAAACAGGCUGGACCAGGGGACAAGAACUCCAAGCAGCCUGCUCCCUGCCCCAUCUGACUGGACGGGAAGGCUGGGCAUUUCUUCUGGAGAGUCCCCACACCCGUCGCCGAGAGUCUCUUUUCCACAUGGCCCCAACGGCCUCUGGCUCAGAGGGGCCCCCCCUCAAACCCCGAAAGCACCUCUCCUCCCCGGACCUGCGCCUCUGCUUGGCCCUGGAGAGUGACAUGGCCCCCUCACCCGACUCUUCACCCUUCAGUUCACCCCAACCGGGCUCUCCCAGAAGCCACCUGGGCUUACCCAGCAUGCAUCUCUCCAGCCCAGGCUCCCUGUCUCCUGAGGAGGAAAGCUCAACUGAUGCCAGUCCCCACCACUUGGGUCCCCCAACACCACCCCUCUUCCACCUGGAUUUUCUGUGCUGUCAGCUACAGGUGACUAAAGAGAGCCUGGUGAGCCUGGGACCCCGGGGCGGGCAGCUGAGGUUGUCCGCCGAGUACCAGGCGGGAUUGGGUCAGCUGCGGCUCCGCCUUAUAAGUGCUGAAGAACUGCCCAGGGGCCGAGGAGGAGCCAAGGGAAGCAGUGGCUGUUGUGUGGUGUUCCGGCUAAGGCCAGGGAGCUGGCCACAGGCACAUCGGAGUAGGCUGGUAAAGUGUAGUUCCAACCCCAUCUUCAAUGAGGACUUCUUCUUUGAGGGGCUUAAACCCUCUGACCUGACCACCCACACUCUGAAGGCCAAGGUGCUGGACAAGGGAACCGGCCUUCGGAGGGACGUGUUGCUGGGAGAGUGUGAGGCCCCCCUAGUCACCCUCCUCCCCACCUAGAAGCCUGGGGUGCUGUGCCCAGAUUCUGACAAGAAUGUGGGAAACGAGUCCUCUUUGGGGGUCCUCGGAGCAGAGGGCCCUCCCUGGUGCUUCCCCCCCCAUUCCCACGACUUUAAGAGCUAUGGGUCUUCCUCCAGACUCACCUCAAGAGCAUCCUCAGCUCUUGGCCUUAGUCUAUUCCCCUUUUCAUUUGUUAUUGAAUCUAUUUAUUUUUGUUAAUAAAAUGUUGGUUAAACCUGCUCAGUCAAGCUCCUUGUAGCCUGCUUGGUCUUUGGCAUCCCCUACCUCUGCUCUGACCCCAUCCUGGAGCAGUGAGUCCCUUUCUUGAACAUAAACAGGGAGAAAAAUGCUAAUGGGCAAACCUCAAUCACAAAACAAUAAGUUUGGAAAGGAUGGGGAAG